AUGUUUGUGCCUUCCUUUUUCUAUUGUCUUUCGCAGUUUGUUUUUUCUAAAAUUUUUAAUUUAAUUUUAAUAUAUUUUUACAGUUAUAUAUCCCUCAACUGUCUUGAUGGAAUUUCUCUUCCAUUUUUUCCAUUUCUCGAAAAAUUUAUAGCAAUAACUACAAUUCCUUUUUAUUUUUUUAUUUUACGAAGACAACGACCUUCAAUCCAAACUUUGACAAUUUUAAUGUUUAUUUGUUUUGGAUCUGCUUUGGCUUCUGUAUUUGAAAUAAGUUAUGAUAUUUGGGGGUUAGCCUACUCUCUUGGAGCUUUGGCUAUGCAAACUUCAAGUUUAGUUUUAAUUGAAAAAGUCCGGGCACAAAUGGAUAUGUCUGUUGUGGAAUUAAUUUAUUUAAAUAGUUUCAAUUGUCUCUGUCUAUUUUUGGUAGCGGAUAUUGUCCAGGAUGAAUUGAGGGAUGCUUAUUCAUAUUUACAGACAAGCACAACAACUACAUUUUAUGUUUCUCUACUUACAAUGAUAAUUUCCGGUUCCUUUGGGCAUUGUUUAUUAUUGUAUUGUGUUGCAACUACAAACACAUUAAAUACAGCAGUUACCCAAAAUUGUUCAGCAUCAAUACAAAUAUUUAUUGCCUAUUUACUUUCUAUUGAAGUUUUUUAUGAUUCCGAGCCAAAUUUUACAACAUUUUUGGGUGUUGUAAUAGCUAUAGUUUCGACAAUUUUUUAUUUUCUUUCUUCAAAAGAUAAAGAAUUUAAACCUAAUGCACAAAUGUCAACAAAAUAUCAUUCUCUUGUGCAACAUGAAUAA